UUUCAUCAUCUUCAAUCGGCUUCGAGAGAUCCUCAGUAUUAUCACUGCGAUCUGAGUCACCAUGGGCAUGCUACCAUGGCUAGACCACCCGGUCAUGCUACACUCCGACCGAGACCCUGGUGAAUGCACCAUGACCCCCGAGCAAUGCGCCUACAAGUCAGGAUACUGGGUAAACUGGUACCAGGAUGACCACCGCUAUGCCCUGCCAACGGUCGCCUUCUUUCUCGUCGCCAUUUUCCUGUUCAUCCUGGGCCACUGGGCGAGUAUCCUUGUCCCCGUCUCCGUCAAGCGGACGGCUGGCUGGUCGCGUGUGGUCGCGGGUUUGCGAUUUCUAUCAUACAAGAGCUGGCGGACAAUGGUGUGGAGUACCCCAUCUCUAGGAGCCUUGUUGCUAGGUGGCGCCGGGGCUGUUUAUUUCCUGGCCAUGACCCUGGGCCCCCAUCCGUAUUACUGGCCCAAUACGAAGGAGAUCAGCUUUGGCAACUCUCCACCGAUUGCGACUCGCGCGGGAUUCAUGGCUUUGGCGUGUAUGCCGUUUCUCUACGUCUUCGGCGCGAAGGCAAACCCUGUCAGCGCGUUGACGGGCAUUUCACACGAGAAGCUCAAUCUCUGGCAUAACUGGGUGGCAUGGGCGAUGUACACCCUGGCGUUAGUACAUACAUUCCCCUUCAUCGUGUUCCAUAUCUGGAAGGGCGACAUCGUCUUGCAGUGGAAUGACGGCGGAGUUUGGGUGACGGGGGUGGUUGCUUUGCUUGCGCAGACAUGGUUGACUUUUCUGUCGAUUCCCUGGAUUCGUAACCGAUACUACGAGUUCUUCAAAUCGACCCACUACAUCGCCGCACUCGUCUUCAUCAUCUUCUUUUUCUUCCACUGCGACUUCCGCCUGUCCUCAUGGGACUACUUCAUCGCGACCGCUGUCCUAUACACUGUGUGUUGGUUAUAUUCCCAGCUGAAGACGUGGUUUGAGCACGGUAUCCGGCACAAGGCACUUCUGUACCGCGAAACAGAUGACACCCUCAAGAUCACGAUACCCACAACGACGGUACGCUGGAGUCCGGGACAGCAUAUGUUUCUGCGUUUCCUGACCGGUGAUGCUCACCUUCUGACUGCGCACCCGUUCACGAUCUGCUCCGUUCCACAGCACGAUAAGCCAAGCCAGCUGGUGUUUUACGUGCGCCCGCGCGGUGGGAUCACGGGCCGGCUGAUGGCUCUUGCCACAAAACAGCCUGGUGUUGCGGUUCGAGUUCUCAUGGAAGGGCCAUAUGGUGGAGUUCCAAGUCGGUUGCUCGCGUCCUCUGGGUCCAAAUUUGUGGUCGGGGGAGGGGCCGGCGCGGGGUUGACAUUGUCAGUGAUUGAAACCUUUAUUCGGGAUGCGGAGGUGGUCUCAGCCCUGAAGGUAAUUGUGUCGACGCGCGAUCCGAGCAUGCGGACCUGGUACCUGGAGGCAUUAGAGGAGAUUGCCGCGCGAUAUGCGAGAACGGAUACUAUCUCUGGACUGUCAAUCCAUCUGCACGAGACAGGGCCGGAAAUCAAGGUAGGUACAAUGACACAUAUUCAGCCUUAUGGGGACAUGAAAGAAGGGGGUGAACAGAGGACCGAAGAGGAGAAAAGCCCACGGGCGGAUAGGUUCAAUUUGGCAUUCUUUCGGGGCCGGCCAAAUCUCCCGCUUGCCGUGCAGGAGUUUGUCGAAGACCGCGAGUCGGUGGGGAUCGUCGUGUGCGGGCCGGCGUCAAUGACUUACGAUAUGGGUGAAGCUGCAGCAGCAGCUCAAGCAAGAAUCAUAGGUAGUCGUGGAAAGCCGCGCGAUGUUUGGUUUCACCAGGAGAGCUUCUCGUAUUGAGGCGGUUCUCAACCUGUACAUAGGUAUCUCCGAGUUAU